GAAUCUAGCGGGAACGAAACACGUGUUUGAAAUUAUCAGGUUUCAAAACAAACAAAGAUACAAUGUACAUUGAUGAUUUAUCAUUGCAGCCAUAAGGGUUUCUUGCAAAUCAGUAAAUAUAAGGCAGGACAAUUCAAUUUAGAUGGUGGGAUUUUAGACUCAGUAUGACAUAUUUGACAAGCCUGACAAGGUAUUAUAGUUCCUGAGGCUAUAGUAGGACUUUAGUCCAAACAGCACCUCUGAUCACAAUGGCUGACCCACCCGAGCAAGUAGAAACUGGGGUCAUCAAAGAUCAUCGUCUGCAUCUUGGAGAUGAGGACUAUCACGCAGAAGAAUCACAACACAGAUUGGUGGACCCUGGUUAUAUUGGUGUUAGAUUACCAAGUAGGCCAAGACGUCCAAAACGUCAUCAUUCACGAAAACGUAAAUCAAAACCAAAAAUAGAGGCUACGCCAACGGUACCAUCUGAUCCUAUGUUUAUGGAUCCUGCUAGUCUUACUCCAAGUGAACAGAUUCAGGCCCUGAUCACUGAGAAUGAGGAGGAAUCUCAUGACAUUUUCUGUCAGUUGGACACCUUGUUUAAGCUUGGUAACGAGAGUCAGUGGCGAGAAGCUGCAAGAUGGGUAAAAUAUGAGGAGGACGUAGAAGACAGUGGUAAUAGGUGGUCCAAACCUCAUGUAGCCUCACUUUCAUUACAUUCCCUCUUUGAAUUGAGGUCACAACUUUUAAACGGUGCUGUGAUGCUAGACAUGGAUGCAUACCAUAUAUCACAAGUUUCAGAGUUACUUUUAGACAAUUUGAUAGCCAACAAACUUUUAGAAGACACAAUGAGAGAUGACAUUAAACAGGCCAUUCUAUCCCCACAUAUACAUGCCCAUCUUAAGAGGAGGAAGACACAAGCAGACGACCUUGGCAGAAAAAAGUCAAUUGCCAGAACGUUCUCAGAAAUUGGCAGAUCUUUUUCAAAAACAAAUACCAGAGCACCCCUAGAGGAUAGUGUGUCAAACCUAAAGGGAAAUCCCAACAGUGUACCUAACAUGGAAAGAUUUCAAGUCAACGGGGGCCUGAAAGAAUCUCCUUCCAGUGCUAAAUUAAACCAACCAUUCAUGAAAAAAAUUCCAGAUGGCGCUGAAGCAGCAAAUAUCUGGGUCGGAGAAAUGGACGCAUUGAAAUAUCCCGUGACAGCUUUUAUACGUCUUUCUGAAGCUAGGCCAAUCGGAGACUUGACAGAAGUUCCUCUGCCGACAAGAUUUUUAUUUAUUCACCUUGGACCUCCUGGUACUGCAGGAAAAUGUUUAGAAACCGGCAGAGCUAUAUCUACAAUUAUGGUUGAUGAGGUAUUUAGAGAAGUUGCCUACAAAGCCAGAAAUCGUCAAGAUAUCUUAAAUGGAAUAGAUGAAUUUUUAGAUCAAGUGACUGUGCUGCCACCUGGUGAAUGGGAUCCUAAAAUCCGUAUUGAACCACCAACAACAGUUCCUUCACAGCAAGGACGUAAAGAAAAUAAGCCACAACCGGCUGGACCAAAAGAGGCAGCAUUGAUCAUUGAGGAGGAAGAGAGUCAUGUUGAUCCUACUCUCGUCAGAACUGGAAGGUUAUUUGGAGGUUUGGUUGCCGACAUAAAGAGGAAAAUACCAUGGUAUCCGAGUGAUUUUAAAGAUUGUUUACACAUACAGUGUGUGGCCUCUGUCGUUUAUUUAUAUCUUGCCACUCUGACUCCUAAUGUGACAUUUGGUGGAUUGCUGGGACUAGCCACUGAUAACUAUAUGGGUACUAUGGAGUGUAUCUUGACUGCUGCUUUAACUGGUAUCCUGUUUGCACUUUUUGCUGGGCAACCAUUGAACAUAUUAGGAAGUACUGGUCCCAUGUUGGUGUUGGAAAUGAUAAUCUAUAAGUUUUGCAAUGACCAAGGAUGGGAAUUCUUACCGUUGAGAGCAUGGGUUGGCUUAUGGUCAGCAUUUUUUCUCUUGAUAAUAGUUGCAUUUGACCUUAGUGCACUUGUGAAAUAUAUAACAAGAUUUACAGAGGAAAGUUUUGCGUGCCUUAUAGCAAUCAUUUUUAUUGUUGAGGCAUUUAAAAAACUGUUUGCUAUAACGGAUAAGCAUCCUUAUAAUAUCCAUCCUGAGAUACCACUGGAUUAUACUUGUGGCUGUUACCAUCCAAAUUUCACGAUGCCUGACCCUAAUAACGCCACCUUAAUGAAUUUAACAUCAGAAAUUGGGUACAAUUUAAUUGACAUGACCAAAGGAAUGUCUACAGCCUUCAACCUAAAUGAAACUGAUUCAAAUGUAACUGAUUACUCGAAGUUUUUAACAAAAAAGGAAUGUGAGGAAGAAGGAGGGAAGAUGCUUGGAACUGGUUGUGACACCCCUGUUUACCAUGACAAUGUCUUCUUCCUGUCUAUUAUAUUGUUUUUAUUCACCUUUGGAAUUGCAUGGACUUUGAAGAUGUCCAAGACUAGCAGGUUCUUUCCUACUUUUGUUCGUCAGUAUUUAAGUGAUUUCGCAGUGUUGAUCUCUAUUUUAUGUAUGGUUUGUCUUGAUUUAUAUUUGGGUGUGCCCACACCUAAACUUGUAGUUCCAGCAAAAUUUGCUCCGUCAAACCCAAAGCGUGGAUGGUUCAUCAAUCCGUUUCAUCCAAACAACCCAUGGUGGACUAUUCUAGUCGCAGCUGGACCAGCCAUUGUUGCAGUCAUUCUUAUAUUUAUGGACCAACAGAUUACAGCUGUUAUUGUAAACAGAAAGGAAAACAAACUUCGAAAAGGAAAUGGAUAUCAUCUUGACAUGAUGGUUGUAACAGUGUGUAUAGUUAUAUGCUCCUUGUUUGGUUUGCCUUGGUAUGUUGCUGCCACUGUGUCAGCACUUGCUCACAUUAUGAGUUUAAGGAAAGAAACAGAAUCUGCAGCUCCUGGAGAAAAACCAACAUUCCUUGGUGUGAGGGAACAGCGUGUUACAGCUCUAUUGGUGGGAAUAUUGAGUGGCUUGUCUGUGUUUAUGACACCGAUUUUGACGAUAAUUCCUAUGCCUGUCCUAUAUGGUGUGUUCUUAUACAUGGGUGUAGCUGCUCUCAAAGGCAUGCAGUUGACAGACAGAAUCUUAAUCUUGUUGAUGCCAACCAAAUAUCAACCAGAUCACAUAUUCCUACGCCACGUUAAAACCACACGAGUACAUUUAUUUACUCUCAUUCAAAUUCUUUGUCUGGCUGUUUUAUGGGCAAUUAAGACAACUAAAUCAAUUUCGAUCGUUUUCCCCGUGAUGGUGUUGGGAACAUGCUUUGUCAGAAAAGCAAUAGAAAAAGUCUUCACUCACGAUGAACUGAAAUGGCUUGAUGAUAUUAUGCCAGAUGAUAGUAAAAAGAAGAGAGAAGAUGAGGAAGAAUUGAAAGAUGAUGAUGACGACGAUGAAGAAACUGAAAGUUUACUUGGUGAUGAAAAGCGAAGACUGAACGAAAUGAAAGCUAUAUAUGGUCAGGGAGAUAAAUUUGGUGGUACUAAGACACCUUUCGCCCAGGAUCGUGUCAAUAUUACAGAGGAGGUCAAUAAAACAGGAAUCUGGUUGCAAGUCAGACGUGACUCCAUGCCUGUUAUAAGAGAUCCAGACCAGAACAAUGGAGGACUUCACAAUAGGAAAAAUGGAUCAAGAGAUAAGAAACCUGCAGAAAAGACUUCUUUCUUUGUGGGUGAAGAUGAAAGAACUCCUCUAAAAGAAGAACAUGAAGAAGAUGAUAUGGUUUAGAUACAUUUUCAUUUAAUUGAGCAUGUGAAACAUUAAAAUGUGAAAUUUUAUAAUGUGAAUCUUCAAAAUGUGAAAUUUUGAAAUGUGAACCUUGAAAAUGUGAAAAAAAAUAAUUGAAAUGUGAAAAUUCAUAUUUUUUUAAACUAAGUAUGUGAAGAUUAAAUGACACAAAUUAAUGUUUGUUUAACUUUUCUGAUUUAUGUUUUCAAGUGAAGGAUGGAAAAAAAGGAAAAUAAGUCUUUUCCUGGUUGUGAAAAAGAUUUAAUGCAAAUAAUUUAUGUAGAAUGUUAAAUAUAAUUUCUUUUAGUGCUCAGAUGCUUCUAGUCAGAAAUUGUUGAAUUUCAAAAGAUGAUUGUAAGUUUCUACUGAAAAUGAAAAUCUGAUUUCCAUCCAAAGCUAGUGUAGUUUUGUUUUGUAUCAUUAUGCAUAUACAAUAUUAUUAAGAACUUAAGUUAAAGCAGUUUAAAUUCAAACUUAAAAAAUGAAUAUUAUUUCUUCAUAUGUUGAUCAUAUAAUUAUUAUUAUUAAAUAUAGUUAUACUCAUAUGUUUGGUUUAUUUAUAUCUACUGUUUGUUGUAUUAAGAUCACUAUAAGAUAUUGAAAUGUUUAGUAUAGUUUUAUAAUGGAAAAUUUAUCUAUUGUUAAAAUAUGGCAUAUAUUUUUUUAUAGUUUUUGUGAAGCACAAAAAUGAAUAUUCAAUAUAUUCAUGAAAUGUAUAAAUGCCAGUUGAGAUUUUCAGAGUAUUUUGAAAUAUUUAUUGUGCAUUUUUGGCACAUGUUUUGAAACUAUCUCUAUUUUUAUUUUAAUUAUUCAAAGAAAUAAGUCUUCCAAUGCUAGAUGUUGUCCUUCGUGUUAAUUUGCAACUGCUUUGAAACAAUGCUUUUGACUGUAUUGUUAUUUGAGUACAGAUGUAAUAGAUUAAUACAAUUUCUUACAUUAUAAUAUUAUCCAAUGCAUAGAUCUUGCCAAAGUGAAUUUUGAUGAAGUUAUACAAAUACUCUAUUUUGGCAUAAUAUAUAAAUCUGAAUCUCAUAUUUAUUAAAACCACUGUAAACAAUCUUGAAUAUUUUUUUUAUAAUCCUGAACUUUAUAGAUUUUUGAUAGAUUUCUAUUUUUGUUUAAUACAAUCUUGAACUGUAUAAAAUUUGAUAAGAUCUGUGUUUUUUUUAAUUAUAAAUAUUACCUUAUAAUUGUUUAAAAUGAAAAUGUUAUUUUAUGAAUCUCUUAAAGGAACCAAAGUGCUUUGAACUUGUGUAAUUUAUGAGUCAUAAUAUUCUAGGAUAAAACUAAAAAAAUGAUUUAAGCAUAAUAUGUUCAUAUUGUUACAUAAGUGCUAGUCAAAUUCAUGUAACACUCAUGUAGGUAGUUUGCUUUCUUGUUUUAGAUCUUUUUUGUUUAUUUAGUUUGAUUAAAACCGUUAGGUCAGUGGGAAUGAAGUUACAUGUGUUAUGUUGGCAUUCUGUACAACCCUAAAAAUAUACUUCAGAUUAUCUGUGCCUGUUAGUAUAUCUUAUGUGACUGAAUCUUAAUUUUCAAAUAUUUAUCUUAGAAUUUUAUUUUUGUAAUGCUUCAUUUUAACAAAUUUAGUUAUUUUUUUUUUAAAUCUGUGUACAUAAGAAUCUGUUUGAAUUUGCAAAAUAAUUAAUUUCUUGUAAUUCAAUGAUUUUUAUUAGAAAAACAAAUGUGCAAUUAAUUUAUCUUUGCUAUUAAUUAAGUUUUUUAAUUUUAGUCAUUAAUGUAAGAUAUUUUUCUUGUUAUAUUUGAAGUGCAGUAUAUUGUUUGUAUAUUACAUUUAAAAAAACAAAAAUCAAUAAAUUAAAAAAAUAUUUUUUGAAAAUAUUGUUUAUUUAAAUGUUAUUAUUGGGUUAUUACAUGAAUAUUGGGGAAUAUUGUCCCGAGUAGAAUUUUAUAUUGCAACUGGAGCUUGCAAUAACCCUUUUAUUGUAAAGCAAUAUAAUAUCUGAAAGUACAAAUUGGUUUUAACUGAGAUUUUGACAUUGAUGACAUCAUGAAUUUUGAAGAUUUAUUGCACUUUUGGUUACUUUCUGUGGGGAAUAUUAUAUUGCUAUACAAUAAAUAUUAUUAUUACAUUCAAUUAAAGCUUACAUUUUUAUUUAAUUCAUAUAAAGCUUAUUUUUAGCAAUUACCUACAUUUUUACUUCUCAUUGCCUUUUCCUUCAUGUGCUUACAAAUUAUGGAUAUUUGAUAUAACUAAUUUGAAUGCAUAAACAAAUUACACAUGUAAAUAUUAUUAAAUGAUUUAUACAUAUAAGCAUUUUAUACUGAUGGUGGAAUCAAAUAUCACUUUAAUUUCGAAAAAUUUCAAAAUCACUUUGGUUGAUCCCACCGUAUAAAUCAAGGUUUUCUAUGAUAAUAAAUAAACUUAUUAGAAUUUUUUUAUUUAAGCAUUUGCUAUUGUGUAUAUAUUUACUGAGAAAUCAUUCUACGGUUAAGCUGUUAUGUUCUGUAAUCAUAAAUAACUAUUUGAAUUUUUUAGUGAUAAAUUUUUUAAUUUGAAAUUUCACAGCUAGACAUAUGUUAUGCUUCAUUGAUGUAAAUAUAAUCAUCAAAGAAACCAGAAAAUCACUCAUUAUCAAAUAUUUCUUAUGAGCACAAUUUUCAGUUGUCACCAGCUUCUUAACAGUUCAAACCAAUGUAAGAGUAAGAGUCUCUGUCAGUUAAAUGGUUGACACAGCUUGUUUAAAUUACUUUUUAUAUCAAUUUUUCAGCCACAGGCUCUAUUUCCAUCUAAGCAAUUUUUUUGUUAGCUACGUUUGGUAAGAUCAUGGAUAAGUGUUAAAAAACAAGGCUUUAUAUACAAUUAUACAUAUCAUUAUAUUUAUAUUCUAUUUUUGCUUUGCAGAAAUCAACAAGGAGCUUUUAUUUUAUGCUAAACAUGUAUUUGAAUAUACACAAGACUUUGUAAGAUUAUGCAAAUUGUUAUGAAUAUUCAUUUUGAAUUUUCAUUAUUAUGUAUGUGAUAAACCAUUAUUGAUUUAAAAUAAUAAAACAGGAUAUCAUUUUUA